GGUGGCAGACCCAGCAGUGCCGGACCUGGCCAAGGGACCUCGAGGCUCCGAGCAGGGACCCUCGGCGUGGGUUAUGCUGGGGCCCAGCCCUCCACAGACAAAUGGACUUGCAGGACAGUGCCAUGGGGGACCUGCAGGAGAACUAUGAAAAGGAGCUAGCGGGCCCCACACAGAGUGAUGGGGCAGAGGUGCUGGACAUCCCCGAGGGUGAGGAGGAGUUGGAGCAGGCCCUGGACCUGGAGGACUAUGAGGACCUGGGCAUCCCUGAGCCCCAGAUGGAAGAGCCCCAAGCUCUCCCUGACACAGAGCCUGCGACUACAGACUACGUACCCUCCAAGCCGGAGCCAGGCACCCAGGAGGUCUACGUGCAGCUGCAGGAGCUGGUGAUGGACGGGAAGAAGGCAGAGCUGCAGUGGGCAGAAGUGGCACACUGGCUGCGGGUGGAGGAGAACGUGGGGCCUCAAGGCACCUGGGGCCGCCCGCAUGUGCCCUACCUCACCUUCUGGAGCCUCCUGAAGCUGCAGAGUGCCUUCACCAAAGCUGCUGUCCUCCUGGACCUUCGGGAGCACUCCAUGGCUGGCGUGGUCGACACGCUGCUCGACGGGCUGAUCUUUGAGGAGCGGAUCCGGCCUGAAGAUCGAGGCCCUCUGCACCGGGCGCUGCUGCUCAAACGCAGCCGUGCCCAGGACCGGGAGGCCCUGGAGGGAGUGACACCGGCCAUCCUGACGCGCUCUGGGGAUCCCCGCCAGGCUCUGCUAUCCCCGAAGCCCUCACUGGAGACGCAGCUCUUCUGUGAGCAGGCCAAGGGGGACCCUGGGGUGCAGCCGCCUUCUGCAGUUCUGGAGAAGAUCCCAGAGGCCGCGGAGUCCGCCCUGGUACACGUGGGCCUCGCCGACUUCCUGCAGCAGCCAGUGCUGGCCUUCGUGCGGCUGCUUGAGGCAGUGAAGCUGGAGGACAUGGACCUGCCCCGGCCUGUGCGCUUCAUUGUGGUGCUGCUAGGGCCCGAGGCACCGCACACUGACUACACACAGCUCGGCCGCGCUGUGGCCACCCUCAUGUCCGAGAGGGUCUUCCGAAUGGACGCCUACCUGGCACAGAGCCGCGGCGAGCUGGUGCGCUCCCUGGACAGCUUCCUGGACUGCAGCCUGGUGCUGCCGCCCACGGAUGCCCCAUCGGAGCAGGCCUUGCUCGGCCUGGUGCCUGUCCAGCAGGAGCUGCUCCGCAGGCGCUACCUGCCCAGCCCUGCACCACCAGACCCCGGCUUCUACAAGAGCCUGGAACUCAAUGGUGGCCCUGGGGUCCCCGGUGGCCCCGAUGACCCUCUGCAGCGGACAGGCUGGCUCUUCGGGGGCCUGGUGCGUGACAUUCGGCGCCGCUACCCCCAUUACCUGAGUGACAUCACAGACGCUCUGAGCCCCCAGGUCCUGGCUGCUGUCAUCUUCAUUUACUUCGCCGCUCUGUCACCCACCAUCACGUUCGGAGGCCUCCUGGGAGAGAAGACUGGGAACCUGAUGGGGGUGUCGGAGCUGCUCAUCUCCACCGCCGUGCAAGGCAUCCUCUUCGCUCUGCUAGCAGCGCAGCCCCUGCUGGUGGUCGGCUUCUCAGGGCCCCUGCUAGUGUUCGAGGACGCCUUUUUCGAGUUCUGUGAGAGCAACGGCCUGGAGUACAUUGUGGGCCGCGCCUGGAUCGGCUUCUGGCUCAUCCUGCUUGUGGUCCUGGUGGUGGCCUUCGAGGGCAGCUUCCUGGUGCGCUUCAUCUCCCGCUACACCCAAGAGAUCUUUUCCUUCCUCAUCUCCCUCAUCUUCAUCUACGAGACCUUCUCCAAGCUGAUCAAGAUCUUCCAGGACCAUCCACUGCAGCAGAGCUAUGACCCCUCCACGCCCAUAGUGCCCAAGCCUCAGGGGCCCCUGCCCAACACAGCCCUCUUCUCUCUGGUGCUCAUGGCUGGCACCUUCAUCCUCGCCAUGAUGCUACGCAAGUUCAAAAACAGCUCCUACUUUCCCGGCAAGCUGCGCCGAGUCAUCGGAGACUUUGGGGUCCCCAUCUCCAUCCUGAUCAUGGUCCUGGUGGACUCCUUUAUCAAGGACACCUACACUCAGAAACUCUCGGUGCCUGAUGGUCUCAAGGUGUCCAAUGCCUCGGCUCGGGGCUGGGUCAUCCACCCGCUGGGCCUGUACAGCCAUUUCCCCCCCUGGAUGAUGCUUGCCUCCGCCCUGCCUGCACUGCUGGUCUUCAUCCUCAUCUUCCUGGAGUCCCAGAUCACCACGCUGAUUGUCAGCAAACCCGAGCGCAAGCUGACCAAGGGCUCCGGCUUCCACCUGGACCUGCUGCUGGUGGUGGGCAUGGGCGGGGUAGCUGCUCUCUUCGGAAUGCCCUGGCUCAGUGCCACCACCGUGCGCUCUGUCACCCACGCCAAUGCCCUCACCGUCAUGGGCAAGGCCAGCGCCCCUGGGGCCCCUGCACAGAUCCAGGAGGUCAAGGAGCAGCGGAUCAGCGGGCUCCUGGUGUCGGUGCUGGUGGGCCUGUCCAUCCUCAUGGAGCCGGUACUGUCCCGCAUUCCGCUGGCCGUGCUGUUUGGCAUCUUCCUCUACAUGGGUGUCACAUCGCUCAGCGGCAUCCAGCUCUUUGACCGCCUCCUGCUGUUGCUGAAGCCCGCCAAGUACCACCCAGACGUGCCCUUCGUGAAGCGGGUGCGGACCUGGCGCAUGCACCUGUUCACGACCAUCCAGGUGGCGUGCCUGGCGCUGCUGUGGGCCGUGAAGUCCACGCAGGCCUCGCUGGCGCUGCCCUUCGUGCUCAUCCUCACGGUGCCCCUGCGGCGCUUCCUGCUGCCGCUCUUCUUCAGUCGCCUGGAGCUCCAGUGUCUGGACGCCGACGACGCCAAGGCCUCUGUGGACGAGAGUGAUGGCCGGGACGAGUACGAUGAGGUGCCCAUGCCAGUGUAGGAGACGCCCCGGGCCCACUCGAGAGAGCAGAGUGGGCAGUCGGGGGUCUCUGAGGCCCCACUUGGGCACACUGGCAUUUCUGGCUGGAGGUGGCUGGGGUCCCGCAGGAGGAGCCUGGGGGUCUGCGUGCCCCCUCUUCAGGCAGUCAGUGGAAACAGCCCUGCUGGCUGUGCGACCCAGGACCACUCCUGCCUGUGCCCGCGAUGCUGGAGGACACCCACAUUAUUGAUGGCUGCCAGGGCCGCGGAUAAGCAGGCCCCUGCACAUCCACACAUCCAUGGGGACAGCACAGCGGGAGGGGCAGCUUGGGGGUGGCAAGUUCCCUUUCGCCUAUCCCCACUCUGCGACCAGAGUGUGGUGGAGAGGGCAGGGAUGGGCGCUCGGGCUUGGGAUAACCAUCCCCACCUGCCAGGGCCUGAGCUGGGGAGACUGGGGCUGUGGCAGAUGCUGCCCUGGUGGGGUGGGCAUGGGUGUGGGUGGGGAGGAGGGGGAGUGUAAUUUAUUGUGUCUUUUCUGAGUGCUUUUGCUAUACUUGGCUUUAGUGUGACCCUGCUGGGGCCCCAUGAACCCAACCUGGUCCAAACCAAAUCCUGGGGGCCCUCAUGUUUGGUCAGGUGGGGCAGCAGGCAGGCUUGACAGGGGCUCAAUUGCUUCAUGAAACUAUGAAAGCACUGGAUGAACCAGAAGUGCUGAGAAAUGGGAUGAGAGGAGGCUCUGAGCGACAAGGACAGCUGCCGCCCAUGGAGAAAGCAAGCAGCCAGCUCUACGCUUCCCAUUCUGGGCCUCAGUUUCCAGAUCUGGGAUUCAGAUGUUGCAGGAUUGGGGGAGUCGCUUGCUUAGCUGUUCCGGGCCACGUAGGGAGCGUGGCAAUGGUCACCCUAUGGGGUCCCCGUGAUCCUGGCUCCUCCAGCACAGUCACGGAAGUGAGGACAUCGGCCCUGCCAGCCCUGCUUGACCCGUGCAUUUGGGAAUAGGUUUUGCCAAUAAAAGCAUCCAUGUUGGA